CCACCGUACGCCAAUUGGGUUUUGCUAUUUAGAUAAAUAAUUAACCGGACUUUGGGGCAUGAUCCUAUAUCCUAACCUCUAAUGGGUGAACCCCAAUCCCUAAUUUUCUAACCCAAACUGCAAAUUUUGGUCAAUCUUAAAAUGAAACUCAACAAUAAUUUCGACGAAUCAGAAUCAUUGAUUUUCAUUUUUCAAGAUGAAAUGAAUCUUAUGUUAGGUUAGUGAAUUGGGGAUUGCGGUUCACACAUUGGGGGUUAGAGUAUAAUAUCAUUGUUUAUAAAUGAUUGUUAAGUUGUGUAUAUUGAAAAACAUUUGCUUUGCAGCAUAAGUGAUGAAUGUAUUUUAGAGACAUUUCAGCAGAUGAAAAGUCGUCGUGAUUCAUUGUAAAAUGACAUUGUGAACUUCAUAAAUUAAUUUCUUUUAAUUUCUACUUAAUUUUUUUAUUUAAUUAUUAUUCUAUGUUAGCGGCGACACACCUCUCCAACAAUCCUAGGUCCGCCACUGUCUCUAUUGAUCGAUUAACCGAAGAUGGUUGUUGCGUUACCUUUUGAUUCGUGUGGUUGUGGAAAGUCAUAAUAGAUAUCGAUCACUAACCUUCGAUUUGUUGAAGAAUUCAAUUAUGGUAUUUACCACAAAUUCAAAUUAAUUCUUUACCAAAAAAAAAACUGGUGUUACAUUCAUUCGUACAGAUCUCCGAAAGGCGACAGAAUUGAAAGGUGCUCAGCUCCGUUUAAACUCAACCUCCGAACGGGAAUCACCGAAUCAGUCAAACUGACUGUGCUGUGCGUUACGUUCGAGUUCAAAUUUCAAUAAUCAAUCGCAGUUAAUUAAUUAGUUUUAAUAUUUUCUUAAACCACCAUUCACCUGCAUCGAUAAAGCCACGUGCCGGUAUCCCGAAUUCCCAAACCAUAUAAGCCACUGUCGGUCGCCCACGCAUCCCCGGCAUCUCGCCCCUACACGUGCCAAUUUCCUCCCAAUCCUCUCCGCGCAUCCCUUCUCAUUUCUUUUCUACUCCAAAAUCCCUCUCCCCGAAACUGGUGCAAAUUUCCUUCCCCCCGCUUCAACCGCUUCCUUUCCGCCCUCUCUGCAUUUCCUCCACUUUCCCAAAAUCCACCGAAGACCACUCCCGCCGCCGCUACUUCCCGGCCGAAUUCGCCGCCAGAGGAACAGUAACCCUAGAGUCCAAUUCCCUAAUUAGACUCUGCUCCGAUGCUUCCACUCACCAAUUCUCCGCCGCCGGAGUCCACCAAGAUUAAAAAGCCCAAAAUCGCCCCUGCCGAUUUCAUCCCGAGGAAGAAUUCCUUCAGCUCUCUCACCUCCCUCCUCUCCCAUGCCUACCUAUCCCAGCCCCGCUCCUGGAUCUUCGUCUUCGUCCUCUUCAUCCAGAUCCUCCUCCUCCUCACUCUCCGCUCCGUCCCCUUCCACUUCCACGGCUUCCACCGCCGCCUCCCGUCUUCUCCCAGUCCCGCCGCCGCUGUCUCUGAGCCAGUCGUCAUUGCGUCCGCCGUCUCAGCAAGGUCCGACUCUGCCGCCGCCGUGGCGGUCGACGAGGAGACUUACUCGCAUCGCUGCGAGCAAGGGUACGUCUACGUUUACGAUCUCCCGAGCAGCUUGAACACCGAAUUGAUCGAGAAUUGCGAGAAAUUGAACCCGUGGAGCUCGCGGUGCGACUCCCUGGCCAACGACGGGUUCGGGCAGCAGGCGGCGGCGGGAGUUUCCGGCAUCGUGCCGGAGGAUUUGGCGCCGGCGUGGUUCUGGACCGAUCAAUUCGUGUCGGAGAUCGUCUUCCACAACAGGAUGAUGAAGCACAGGUGCCGGACCGCCGAGCCGGGCAAUGCGACGGCGUUUUACAUCCCGUUCUACGCCGGUUUGGCAGUGGGGAGAUUCCUGUGGCAGAAUUUCAGCCCCAAGGACCGGGACCGGCACUGCGAGGCGAUGCUGAGCUGGGUGAAAUCCCAGCCGCAGUUCCAGAGAUCCAACGGCUGGGAUCACUUCAUCACCAUGGGCCGGAUCACAUGGGAUUUCCGCCGCUCCGCCGAUCAAGACUGGGGGUCGAGCUGCAUCUACCUGCCGGGGAUGAGAAACAUCACGCGCCUCCUCAUCGAGCGGAACCCCUGGGACUACUUCGACGUCGGCGUCCCUUACCCCACGGGAUUCCACCCGAGAUCCGACGCCGACGUCCUCCGGUGGCAGAAAUUCGUCCGGGAGCGGAACCGCCCCACGCUCUUCUCCUUCGCCGGAGCCACGCGCCACUCGUUUAAAAACGACUUCCGCGGCGUCCUCCUCCGCCACUGCCUCAACGAGUCGGACGCCUGCCGCGUCGUCGACUGCGGCGGGUCCCGCUGCGCGAACGGCACCUCCGCCAUCCUCGAAACGUUUCUCGACUCUGAUUUCUGCCUCCAGCCGCGCGGGGACAGCUUCACGCGCCGGUCCAUCUUCGAUUGCAUGAUCGCCGGCGCAAUCCCGGUUGUUUUCUGGCGGAGGACGGCGUACUACCAGUACGAGUGGUUCCUCCCAGACGAUCCGAAGAGUUACUCUGUUUUCAUCCACCGCGACGAGGUCAAGAACGGGACAUCGAUUAGGAAAGUUCUCGACGGUUACAGCAGGGACGAAGUGAGGAGAAUGCGGGAGAAGGUGAUCGAGUACAUCCCCAAGCUGGUGUACGCGAGGAACAGCGAUGGGUUGGAGACGAUUAAGGACGCCUUCGACGUCGCCGUGGAUGGGGUGUUGAGGAGGUUCGAGGAGCAGAGGGAAAGGGGUUACAAGUGGUAAAAUUGUAGGAGGAAGUUGAGGUUAGUUUUGGGCAAUUUCUUCAAAUGGCGGUGGAUCGGGUUGGGUAAAUUCAUUUAAAGCUUUUUUAACUUUUUUUCUUGUUGUACACUAUACUCUGUUUUUGCUUUUUGGCCGGGGAACGGGUGGUGGGUCCGUGAUUUUUUGCCGGAAAGUGAAGGGAAGGGAGAAAGCCAUAAAGGCCAUGGCUUCUCCGUUUGGGGUGAUGAUCGGAGCCGGUGCCGGAGAGUUGAACGGACGGAAAGGUGAAUCGGGAGUUACUACAGUUGUGUGUACAAAAAUAAUUUUGUUGUAUUAUGUGUUGAGCAUGAGAUUAAAUUAUGGAGAUUGGU